AUGACUGGCCUUUUCCUGCGCUGUGUUCCAACUGUGACACUGGUUUCAAAGGUCAAAUUCGUCCUUGAAUACCCCAACGCGGAAGAAUCUCAAACCGAGGAUUCAUCAACAUUCAACAUCCUACAAUAUGUCCCUCGGGUGCUCUAUCCCAGACGCCUCAUGGGCACGCAAGCUCUCACUGGGCUGCUAGAUAUGAUGCCCUAA